GGGACGUCAGCUUGACUUUCAAUUUCGAUUAAACAUGAGGAAACAUGGCGUCGCUCUGCUGAUUUGGUAAUCCUAACUUGUUAGAAACUGAAUCUUUUAGAGUCAGAGUGGCUUUUUUCCACCAACAAGGUGUUGAAACAUCAGCAGCGUUCCACUGAGCGUUUGGGUUUACGUCUAGCGUCACCUUUACGCUCCUGGCACACAGACUCUUUGUCGUCGUUACUCAGUCUCAGAGUGUAUCUAUCAGCAGCAUGUUGGAGGAAACGGGCCCUGGGUGGUUGUCCGAGGAGGUGAAAACCGGAACCACUAUCAUUGCCAUCGAAUUUAAAGGAGGGGUUGUACUUGGGUCCGAUUCCAGGGUGUCUGCAGGGGAAGCAGUGGUAAACAGGGUGAUGAAUAAACUCUCUCCCCUCCAUGACAAGAUCUACUGUGCUCUGUCAGGCUCUGCAGCAGAUGCUCAGACCAUAGCUGAGAUUGUCAACUACCAGCUUGAUGUUCACAGUACUGAGAUAGGUGAGGACCCCCAGGUUUGCUCAGCUGCCACUCUUGUGAGGAACAUCUCGUACAAGUACAAGGAGGAGCUGUCAGCGCAUCUCAUCGUGGCCGGCUGGGACAGAAAAGAUGGAGGACAGGUGUUUGCAACCCUGAAUGGUCUCCUGACAAGGCAGCCGUUUGCCAUUGGUGGUUCUGGAAGCUCUUAUGUUUAUGGGUUUGUGGAUGCAGAGUAUCGCCGGGACAUGAGCAAAGAGGAGUGCCAGCAGUUUGUUGUCAACACUCUCUCUUUGGCCAUGAACCGGGAUGGCUCCAGUGGUGGCGUGGCCUAUAUCGUCACCAUCGAUGCACACAAGGCAGAGGAGAAAGUCAUCCUAGGAAAUGACUUACCCACCUUCUUUGAUCAGUGAUCAUCACACAGUUUUUUUCAUUUCCCGUCUGCAGAGACACUAUUUUUCUGGAUACAAUUAUGUAUUUGUUUUCCUUAUUUUUACAGUAACACCUUUUGAUGCAGCUGAACAUAUUUGUAGCCCAUCAUUCAACACUUAAGAAUAUAAAAGAGGAUGAUUGUCUCAAUAGUGGGAUAUUAAAUGUUUGCAAAGCACAACCUGAAAUAGGUUUAGGACAGCUUCAAGAGGACUCUUUCUUACACAUCAAGGUCACACAAGGACACUUAAAGCCAAUACAUUUGCUGCAGGACUUAUUUUUCCGUCAACUUACAGUUCACUGGUACUGAGUGGGCGAGUAAAAACUUAAACUACAUUUGCAUCUUUGACAAAACCUGUAGACCCAUUCAAGCAUUCAUGUACUUUCUCUUGUAGGGAAAUGCAGUAAACUGUGUGAAGUACUCAGUCGGUCAAACACUGCAACAAAAAGUGAAAGUCAGAUUUGUUGCACAACCACAGCACAUUGUGACAUUUGAUUUCUAACUUGAGUGUUUUUGUCCCAGUUGUAAGAUUAAGAUUACUUGUUGAUUGUUGUCAUCUGUUGACACUGGACACGUUGACUGCUUUGUACACUCUCACAGUAGAGACACUCGCACAUGCUUUUUUGUUUAAUGUGUGGAAUUUAAAAUGAAAUAAAAUCUCAUUUUGAAAAAUGUU